CUUCAUACAUUCAAGUUGUUCUGCCCUUGCUAUACGUUCUCCCUCUUACUUUUGUGAGUGUUGGUAUGUGUAGUUGGUUCAGGGCGCGUUUCCGUCAUCGAGCUCGAGUUGGUAAUCGCAGCGGCAUCCCGCCUCGUCCCGUAACGUGAGGCAUUUCCAUUUCAUGUCGCAGCCGAAGCACACUCAACCCCUUCUUCAUCCCAAGGCGUCGAGGCCCAAAGGCGAGGCAUCCAUUCGGGGCUGCUUGCUUGGAGCACGUUGAGUGGCAUCAUGGACCUUUCAAUCACGAAUUUCAACGUGGUGAUUAGUGUGCUCGGCGGAUGGCUCGUCUUAUUCGGCACCUUUUCGUAUCUCAUCAAAGAGAACCUGUAUCUCUCUGAAGCCCUCGUCUCCCUCCUCGGAGGCGUAACUUUCACUCAUGUCGCCAAGCUCCUCAAGCCCGGCGAGUACGCCGUCUCCGAAGAUGCCGUCGCCUCCGUGACCCUCGACUUCAGCCGCCUGGUCCUCGGCGUCCAGCUCGUCCUCGCCGGCGUCCAGCUGCCGAGCCGCUACCUUCGCACAGAGUGGAAGUCCCUCUGCCUCCUCCUCGGCCCCGGCAUGAUCGGUAUGUGGACCUGCACCAGCGCCGUCGUCUGGCUCCUCGUCCCGGGCCUGCCUCUCGUUCACGCUCUCGCCAUCGCGGCCUGCAUCACCCCGACCGACCCGGUUCUCUCCACCACGAUUGUCAAGGGCCGGUUUGCCGAGGAGAACGUGCCUGAGGACCUGCAGCAGAUCAUUGUCGCGGAGUCCGGAGCGAAUGAUGGCCUGGGGUACCCCUUUCUCUUCCUCGCGCUCUACCUCAUCAAGUACACCGAGAGCGACGGCAACCCAGCCUCGAGCGAGGGCGGAUUCGGUGCCGCGCUCAGCCUCUUCUUCGGCCAGACGUGCGUCUACGUCGUGCUCAUGAGCGUCUUCUAUGGCUGGGUCGUCGGCCUGCUCGCGCAGAGACUGCUCCACUGGGCCGAGCGACGCAAGUACGUCGAGCGGGAAUGCUUCCUCCUCUUUCCCAUCGGCAUGGCCAUCUUCAUCCUCGGCACGUGCGGCAUGGUCGGCAGUGACGACGUCCUGGCGUGCUUCAUCGCGGGCAACGUCUUCACCUGGAACGACUGGUUCCGUCUCGAGACUGUAGAGGACCCCGUGCAGCCCGCCGUCGACAUGAUGCUCAACAUGGCCAUCUUCAUGUGGCUGGGAGCUGUGUGUCCGUGGGAGAGCUUCUGGAACUCUGAGCUGAUUAGUCCCGGUCGUCUGGUCGCGCUGGGUGUUCUUGUCUUGCUGCUGAGACGCCUUCCAGUCAUACUCGGCUUGCACCGCUACAUCCGCCAGAUCCGGGGUCCACGACAGGCGCUUUUUGUUGGAUACUUUGGCCCCAUUGGCGUUUCUGCCAUCUUCUAUCUCUACGUCGGCCUCGAGUUCCUGGAGACUCUGACGGAUGACGACGGCCAGCGAGCGGACGCGAAACAGCUGGGCGAAACCAUGCUUGUCACCAUCUGGUUCUUGAUCAUCUGCAGCAUUGUGAUUCACGGUGUAAGCGUGCCCAUCGCCAAGCUCGGCAAAUCGACGUACGACCGACUCUGCCCUCGCAGCGUUUCUUUGCCCGCGUGAUAGAAUAGUCCAACUACAAAUUACCGUGGCAAUGUCGAGAUGACACUAAACUAUCUUACCUCUCAAUCUCUGCGACUUUGUUUUGGCUAUUUAUUCAUUGUUCACGUCUCUUGAUUCCCUAGGUACCCUAUCAUCGCAUUGCAUCACAUUGCAUCUCGCCUAGUGCAUUAGAGUGGUUAGCGCAUUUGGUCUUUGUUUGAAUGAUCGCAUCGUAUGUUCUUCGUUGGUUGCAUACUUGAAGCGAGUUCUCGUGUUCCUGAUCAGUCUAUCAUUUUAUACUGCAUCUUCACCUAGCGUUAACGUUAUAGAUCCCAUUCAGAG